AUGGCAGUCUUCAACUUGGGCACUCUGGCUGUGUGCGGAGCAAGCAUUGCUGUCCUCCUGCCUCUGAUUUCCAAGUUGUCAGCCCCGGCACCCCCUCGUCGCUCAAAACGGCUAGGCGAUCCAACGUAUGACCUAGAGAAGAUCGAUGCUCCUGCAGCGACCGGAGCCAAACUCCGCAUCGUGGCAUGGGCCCUGGCCGACAGUCCAGUGGCACCGCUGCUGCGGAGGUUCCUGAUCAACCAAAACGGUGCUGACGAGCUCCAAGACCUGGCUUUACAAGUCGUCGACGAGGGCAAAAGCACCGUCGCCUACACGCCAAUGCAUCGCCUCACGACCGAAGAAUGGAAGCGCCACGAGGCGGCAGCAUCGGGUGCCGGUAGUGUCAAGACCUUGUUACAGGAGGGCUUUGACGGCCAACCGCCUGGGCCUGGAGUGUAUGUCACAGUUGAAGACUACGCCAAAGCGUACAAGAGCGGUGCCUGGACACCGACCUCGGCCAUGGAGCGUUUGCUGCAAGCCAUACGCAAGCUGCCGACAGAGUACCGGGUUUUUGUCACCGUGCUUGAGGAGGACGUCCGAAAGCAGGCGCAGGACUCCGAGCAGCGGAUCCUCAAAGGUGAAGCUCGCAGCAUCUUCGAGGGGGUGCCCAUCGCGGUGAAAGACAUGGUCUCAGUUCGGGGUCAUCCCUUUAGCGAAGGAACCGUUUGGCCAGCAGGUGAUCGACACAACAGACGGGCAGAGGAGGAUGACAACACAGUUCGCCUCUUCCGGGAAGCCGGGGCCAUUAUCUUAGGAACGACUGUGAUGACCGAGUUUGGAGUUACUCCGCUAGGUUAUUCAGUCCACUUCAAAGGGCCAGUGAAUGCAUAUAAUGGGAGCUACUACUGUGGGGGCAGCUCCUCUGGUUCUGCCGUGGCUGUGGCCAUGGGCUUGGUGCCUGUGGCAGUGGGCAUGGAUGGCGGUGGUUCAAUCCGGAUUCCUGCCGCCAUGGAGGGUGCAGUCGGUUUGGCUCCGACCUACGGCCGAGUACCGGACUCAAGCCCCGACACGCUCUUCGGCACCAUGGUCAAAACAGGCCCCAUCGCUGCAACAACACGUGAUGCAGCACUGGCACAUGCCGUGAUGUCCCAGAGCGUCUCUAGCCAUAUCUUCGCACGCCUUUAUGGGGAGCCUUUCGGUGUUCCCCCGGUGCACCUCGAAGGUUUCAUGGAUUUGAACCUGAAAGGCAUUCGCCUCGGGGUUUUCUGGGAUCACUUCAACGAUGCCGAACCGCUGGUCGUCGAGGCCUGCAAAGCAGCAUUGGAGACCCUUAAAGCUCUGGGCGCCGAGGUGGUCCCUGUUGCCCUGCCACACCUGAAAGCCUUGUCCCUGGCGCAUGGACUCGACAUUUCGACGGAAUUUUCGACGUUCUUCGGUAACCUGCUGUACAAUGGCCACAACCUGGAGCCCGGGACUCGAAUUCAGCUUGGUCUUGGCUACACAGUUUCUGGGGUGGAGUUCAACUCUGCCAACAUCUUAAGAGGCUGGGCGUUGAAGUACAUGCACGAGGAGCUUUUCACCAAGCUGAACGUCCAGGCGAUCGUGUCGCCAAGCAUGGGCAUCCUUCCUCCCAAGAUGCCUGAAGAUGUCACAGCCGCUGGUGAGAGCAACACGCCCCUGAUCAUGCAGAUGAUGAAGUACAUCUUCCUUGGAAAUCUCCUGGGGCUUCCAGGCAUCAGCGUGCCGGUGGGCUACGAUGACAACACAAAGCUCCCUGUUAGCAUGCAUUUGAUGGGUGCCCACUGGGAAGAAGCGGUUCUUCUGAGACUGGCAAAUGCAAUUGAGACGCUCCACCUGCAGCGGAAGAAGCCCUCCGCCUUCUUUGAUUUGCGGGCAGAGCUGUAG